GAGGUCAAAUGACCUGUUUUGAGGAUUGUGAUGCGUAUUUGCUAAUUACGGGCUCUUACUGUCACGCUAUUCCUUCCUCGGCUCAAUUGUACAACAAAAUACAGAACGUAUUGUUCUUUUCAGACAACAUGAUAGUUGAUUCUGAAGAACGUUAUGAGCGAAGCUCGUCGCCGCGCGGCCACGUGGCCUCGCCGCCGCCGCCUCGCACCGCAGCGCCGCCGCCAACACCAGCGCCAGACUCGCCGCAGCAACCACCGUCCCAGCCCCCGACGCAACAAGAGCCGCUGCGACCAGCCUCUCCGCGCCCAGGUCCGUCGUCUGCUCCAGAUCUACCAGAGACACAAGCCCAGGUACUUUCGUCUUCAGCGGGGGAUCAAGAACUCGAUGACGACAUUUUGCUAAUGCUAGGUGAUGCUCCAAAACCAGAACUGGCGUUAGGCGACAGCAUACACAAGGACGUGGCCAGUAGGUGGCAUGAAAUCUUACUAAAAGGUUUACAAAAGGAGGUUAAAGAAAAGCUUUUUCAAGAGUACCUCGUGCCCAGCAAUUGUGACCUCAUAGUUGCUCCUACGCUUAACGCCGAAGCUAAAGCGGCAUUAACAGAUAGUUCAAUAAAAAGAGAUCAUGCCAUAAUGGAAAAACAGAAGCAAUUAGGAAUUGCUCUGUCUGCUCUGGCGCAGGCCAUGGAUCAAUUGCUUAAACCAGAUGCAUCUGUGCAAACAAUCUUGAAACCAGUCAGUGAUGCUUGUCGUAUCUUAUGCGAUAGUCACUACUUAGAAACAAAAACACGUCGCUACUUCGUAGUUUCGUCAAUUAACACCGAUCUGAAAGAGACGCUUACUAAUACGGUUAGAGACGGUUUCCUUUUCGGAGAUAAUGUAUCUGACAAAUUAAAAGCCGCUCAAUCUAUUCAAAAGUCUGGUGAAACAUUAAAACACACACCUAAACCGGUUAACAAUCGUUUUAAUAAAAAUAAUUUUGUACUUAACAAAAAGUCGCAGAAAAACAAUUUAAACUUCAAACCCCUGCAUCAAAGGACGCAGAGCAAGCCCGAUGCAGGGCACUACCGGCCGUCGCCGCGCUCCAGCCGCCCGAGCAGCGUCCGCCCCCCACGCUGCUCCUACUCGCCGCGCCGCCGCAGCUACCGCAGCUACAGGAGAUAGCUGAACACGAGGUACGGUACGCAGGACGAUUACGAAACUAUACCCAUAAAUGGGCACAGAUCACUUCUGACCCUACGAUUCUUGAAUGGACCCAGGGGUAUAAGAUUCCUUUUACCUCUGUGCCUACCAGAAGAGAUUGUCCUGCUGUUUAUUCCAAGACAAGAUCGGAAAGAUCUGACUAUGAAAAAGCUAUCAAUAAACUUUUAGAAAUCAAUGCCAUUUCAAUGUGCGAGCAUGAUCCCGACGAAUUCAUUUCUAGUAUUUUUCUGGUACCUAAACCAAAUGGCGAGAAAAGGUUCAUUCUAAAUUUAAAAUGCCUCAACAAGUUUAUCGAAACUCGCCAUUUUAAAAUGGAAGACUACAGAACCACGUCUAAAUUGAUAACUCAGGAUUGUUAUAUGGCUUCUAUUGAUAUUAAAGAUGCUUAUCUUUUGAUUCCUAUAUAUAAACCGCAUAGAAAAUAUCUACGAUUUAUGUUCAACGAUACUUUAUUUGAGUUUAAUUCUCUCCUAUUUGGUUUAU